AAAACACUGUUAAUGCUAGCAUUUCAGGAAAGAUCUGCUGCUUGUUAUUUGUUCUGAGCAAGCUCUGUGUGGAUGCAGAUUUAUAGGUAUCGGAGGAGAUGUUCUACUUACAGGGUUCUCAGAUGCUUCAGGUUCUGGAGAACUCCCUGAGGAAGCACCUGCCUGAGACCUUAAAGGUUUAUGGGACUGUCUUCCACAUGAAUCAGGGAAACCCAUUCAAACUCAAGGCUCUGGUGGACAAGUGGCCUGAUUUUAACACUGUUGUUAUUCGACCCCAGGAGGAGAACAUGCAAGAUGAUCUUGACCACUACACCAACACUUACCUAAUCUACUCUAAGGAUCCCGAGAAUUGUCAGAAGUUCCUCAGCUCAUCAGAAGUCGUUAACUGGAAACAACAUCUACAGAUUCAAAGUUCACAGUCAAGCCUGGGCAAAGUGAUAGAAACUCUUGGAGCCAUUAACUUGGGCAAAGUCAAGCAUACACAGGGCUUUCUCUAUAUGAUACUUGAAACAGCAAAGAAACUGGCUCCUUCCUUGGUGGACACGAAUAACUUAGUACGCAGCAGUGACAAGUUCAAGCCCAUUAAUCAAGAAUUGUUCAAAUUCACCUCCCUGAAUGUUACACAUGCUGCGUUGGUGAAUAGCAUCUGGCAUUUUGGUGGCAAUGAGAAAAGUCAGAAGUUUAUUGAGCGCUGUAUCCACACCUUCCCCAGCUCCUGUAUUAUGGGGCCUGAGGGGAUUCCUGUGUCUUGGGGCCUGAUGGACCACACUGGAGAAAUGAGAAUGGCAGGCACCUUGCCUCAGUACCGGAACCAGGGUCUCAUUUACCAUGUUGCCUCUCACCAGAUUCAGACUUUAGAUGAUCUUGACUUCCCCAUGUAUGGACAUGUGGAUAGAGCCAACUUCACCAUGCAGAGAGUGGUUGCCAGGCUGGCUCAUGUCCCCAUGCCCUGUACUUGGAACCAGUGGAAUUAUGAGCCUCUAUGAAGCUGAAAAGAGUGUUGAGGGUACCAUCCUUGUAGAUGGAGAAAGAGCUGAGUGAACAGAGAGCAGUAAUACAUUGUCAUUAGGUGGAUGUGUGUUUCUAGAAAGCAGGGGUAUAUGGUGAACUGCACACACUGUUUCUCUGCCCUCACAUUGCUCAUGCACUUAAUUCUACUUCCUGGUUCUCAAACUUACUAUUGCUCUGACCCUUUAAUACAGUUGUUUAUUCUCUUAGUUCAAAUUUCACAGGUAUUGAGAAUUAUAAAUCAAUAGUCAUAUAUGUCUGUCAUAUUUAUAUUUAGA